AUGGAUUGGUCAGAAAGAGAGUUAUGCAUAAAUUGUGAUGAAGGUGGGAAACUGUUAGUUUGUAGUGAAAAUGGCUGUCCUAUAGCUGUUCAUGAAAAUUGCAUGGGCUCUUCGGCUACAUUUGAUGAAAGGGGCCUCUUCUAUUGCCCCUAUUGUUUGUACAGGAAAGCUGUUGCAGAAAAAUCUCAAGCAUGGAAGAAUGCUAUGUCUAAAGAGAAGGCUUUGUCAAUCUUUAUUGAUAGAGAAAUGAUAGAUGGUGCCAAACAGGGGGGAAAAAAGGAGAGAGCUGAAGUGAAAAGGCUUAAUGGAAACGUAAAUAAGACAAUUUGCUGCAAUAACAAUAAGGACACUGAUGUUGUUUACAAUCAACCUAUUCAACUUGAGGAAGAACCGCAAGCCGAAGGGAUCUUUCAUGAAUGUACUAGAAGCCCUUCACCAUACACAGGAGCUGAUGCUUCAGUAUCAGACAGACAAAAUGAUGAAUUGACUGGUAGCUCUGAAGGUCAUAAAGAAGAUGCCCACAUGAAGGAUAGCACUGAAGUACAAGAGACAAGUUUUCCAUCCAGAAGAAAACUGGAUUACAUUGAAAGGCGAGGACAGAGAAUUGGCAGUACAGAAGAAGAAAAGAUGCAGGAAGAGAUACAGGAAAUUUCAGUAGCACCCACUGGUGAAGUUCCCUUAGUGCGAGCACAUUCAAGAGCUAAGAGAGGAGUCAGAACGAAAAAUAUAACAUGCGGGGAGUCUGAAGUCAUUUCAAUGCGAAGCAAGCGUGUCAAACGAAGUGAUAUGAAUAAAGAACAGUCUCCUUCACCAUCUAAAGGUACUGAUGCUUCAAGGUCAGACAACCAAAAUGAUGUAUUGAGUGGUAGCUCUGAAGGUUACAAAGAAGUUUUCCACGCGAAAGAUAGCACUGAAGUGCAAGAAACAGUAAUUCCAUCCAGACGAAAACCGGAUAACAUUGAGAUGCAAGAAGAACGGAGACUCAGCAGUGCAGAAGAAGAAAAGCUGCAGGACGAGGAACAGGAAACUUCUGCGAGGUACAGUGAUGAGGUCCCCUUAGUGGGGGCUCAUUCAAAAUCGAAGAGAGGAGUGGAAACUAAUAAGUCAGUAAGCAGAGUGUCUGAGGUUAUUUCAACGCGAAGUAAAGAUGUCAAACGAAGUGAGAUGAAUAAAAAACAGUCUCCAAGCAUUAAUUUUCCAAGGAGAUCAUCUCGGAGGUCAUCUUCUUUCAACUCUGUGAAAAAUGUUAAAGUUAACAUUGAGAUGCAAGAAGAACAGAGAAUCAGCAGUGCAGAAGAAGAAAAGAUGCAGGAUGAGGAACAGGAAACUUCUGCAGCUUCCACUGAUGAUGUCCCCUUAGUUCGGGCGCAUUCAAAAUUGAAGAGAAUUGAAACUAAUAAAUCAAUAUGCAGAGAGUCUGAGGUUAUUUCAACACGAAGCAAAGAUGUCAAACGAAGUGAGAUGAAUAAAAAAGAGUCUCCAGGCAUUGAUUUUCCAAGGAGAUCAUCUCGGAGGUCAUCUUGUGAUCUGGGAUUCAAUACAGUGAAAAAUGGUAACAUUAAUGCCUCCAGCAGCUCAAGACUCCUUGAACUGCCCUCAGCGAAAUCUCCUAAAGAUCCUUUUCGCAACGAUAGACGCAAGAAAUUGCUAUGGACGGAGGAAGAGCAGGAAAUGCUUCAGGAAGGAGUAGAGAAAUUCUCAUCCCAGGCAAACAAAAAUAUUCCUUGGAGGAAGGUCUUGGAAUUUGGUCGUCAUGUGUUUCAUGGAACUCGUACUCCAGCUGAUCUUAAGGAUAAAUGGAGGAACAUGGCUAAAUAA